CCUGGGCUUGAGAGUGGAAGCCGGGAUGGCGGCACCGCGGCCUUGCGCGGACGGGUCCUGCUGCUCCCACUCUGGUGCGGUGCCCGGCGUGCAGCAGACGCUAGAGGAGAUGGACUUCGAGAGGGGAAUCUGGUCAGCAGCACUGAAUGGAGACCUGGGCCGAGUGAAGUAUUUUAUCCAGAAGGCCACGGACCCUAGCCAGCCUGACUCAGCUGGCUAUACUGCUCUGCACUAUGCCAGCCGCAAUGGGCACUAUGCCGUCUGCCAGUUCCUGCUGGAAAGUGGAGCAAAGUGUGAUGCCCAGACCCAUGGGGGAGCCACUGCUCUGCACCGGGCCAGCUACUGUGGUCACACCGAGAUUGCACGCCUGCUGCUCUCACAUGGAUCUGACCCCCAGCUGGUAGAUGAUGACGGCAUGACCAGUCUACACAAAGCUGCAGAGAAGGGUCACGUGGACAUUUGCUCUCUACUGUUGCAACAUAGCCCGACCCUGAAGGCCGUCCGAGACCGGAAAGCACGGCUAGCAUGUGACCUGCUGCCCUGUGACAGUGACUUAUGGGACCUGCUGGCCAGCUGAGGCACCACUUUCCCCCUUCAGCUGCCCUUGAAGGGUACACAGACUAGCGCUUCACAUCCCUGUAUUGCCCAGCACCCACACUGCAGGGUGGGAAACAUAGGAAGAACCUCGUGGUAACCAGGGAGGAGGUUCGGUGAGGCUGAAAGCUUUUAAGUUUAGACACAUGAUCAUCUUCGAAGUUAAUUCACGUAGCAACAUCUAUCCAGUUAGGAAAAAAAAAAUAAAGUUAUAUUCUGACUUCAUCCCCCACUCAAAGGUAAAAUUCAAGAUAAGAGGCUGAGUUAUGAAAAUUCCAAACUGCAAGUACUGAAAGAAAAAGGAAAUAAUGUGGCAGUAGCUUCUCUGUAGCAGUGAGCUUGGUGCACGACACUAGGUAUCUGUACCUCAGCUUCCUCAUCUGGUGGCACUGAUUGAAGCCACCUCAGGGUCGCUCUGGGGAAAGGCGCUUAAGAGAGUGCUUGGCACGUUGCAGGCACUGUACAGGAGUGCUUUCUCAGGAGUUUCCUAGAGAGAUUCUUCCAUUGUUACAAAGCUGUCUAUAUUCAGAAACAUUCACAAAGAUGCACAUUGGGGGCUGGGAGUGUAAAUCAGUGGUAGAGCACUCAUCUAGUUUGCACAGGGCCUCAGCACCAGAUAUGUACUGAAGCAUGGGAGUAUAUUUGAAAGAAAAGAGGUUGAGAGAACUGACCUGUUUUCUGGUAGGGAAGGGUCAAGUCUGCAAACAUUACUGGAGUAUACCACAGACUCUCAUGGGAAGAAUAGCAAGUGUCCCCUCCACAUCAUGAUUCCUCUUCAAAUUGUGGUGAUGUAUGAACACAAAAUAUACAGAGGAAGAAUUAGGACAUGGAUUAAACUGCUAUCUGUAGCAAGAAUAAUCAAGAGCUCUUGAACAUUAUCUUUUCACACCCCCUCCCCCCAAAUUUGAAC